UAAUUUUAGUUGUUCAAUCUAAGACGUAUUUUCCUUUACAGUUUAGUUAUAUAAUUAUAGAAGUAAUAAUAAUAACAUAGUUUGCUGAGCGAGUACAAUAAACUGUUAUCAAUACGUAGUACAAGUUAUAAAAGUUUAUCUAGAGAUUUGUAAUUUUAUAAAAUUCAUUUUACUAGUGACCAUUUUAUAAUUUUAAAUUAUUCUUUACUCCAAAAUAAUUUAAGUGCUGAAGUUAUCACAUUUUCUACUAACGUUUAUACGACUUUUAUUUCGUAACAACUUAUUGAAUUUUUUAAUUUUAAAGAUAAAAAAAUUGCUUAAGGCGUUAGGCGAGUAUAGCAUUGCUGUAGUGUUUGUGAUUAUUUAAUCGAUCGAUUAAUUAAAUCUCACAGCAAUAUAGAAAUGAAUAAAAAAAGUAGAAGAAAAAGUCACACGGAUAGAGUAAAAAAACGUAAAUUUUAUGGAAACCAAUAUAUAAAUAGUAAGAAAGAAAAAAAAUUAACAAGUGAAUUGACGGAGAUGGAGAAUUUAAAUGACGGCAAUGCUGAUAAAGAUGCCGAAGAAUUAAAAAGAUCUACGAUGGCUGGCUGUAGCAUAGAGAUUAAACCUUGGGGAAGUGUAGAAGGAAAAGAAGUUAAAUUAUUUACACUGAAAAAUAACAAUAACCAGGAAGUUGAUGUGUUAAAUUACGGAGCUACGAUAAGAGCCGUGAGGACACUAGAUAAAAGUGGAAAUAUCGCUGAUGUUGUUCUGGGCUUUGAUGAUAUUGAUGGAUAUUUGGAAAAAGAUAAUCCUUACUUUGGUGCAACUGUAGGACGCGUUGCUAAUAGAAUUGGCAAAGGUAAAUUUAAAGUAGAUGGAAUUGAAUUCACGGUAUCGAAAAAUAUCGGCGAAAAUACUCUUCACGGUGGAUUCAAAGGAUGGAAUUCUAAAAUAUGGGAGUCAACUAUCAGAAAUGAUUCACUGGUUAUGACUCUUCUAAGUGAAGAUAAUGAUGAAGGUUUUCCGGGAGACGUAAUAGCUACAACGAUAUUCAAAUUCUCUGACGAUGGAUCAUUACAAAUUGAAAUGAAAGCUUGUAGUACUAAGGCUACGCCGAUUAAUUUGACCAAUCACAGUUACUUCAACUUAGCUGGUCAUGGUACUAAUUCAGCAGAACUGUAUAAACAUUCGAUAACUAUGAACGCGGAUCGUUGGACAGUAACUGACGCUGAGAGCAUUCCAACGGGUGAAAUAAGAUCCGUAGCUAACAGUAUUAUGGACUUAAGAUCGCCUACAGUCUUCGGUGAUGUCAUUGACAAAGUUCCAGGCGGAGGGUAUGAUUACAACUUCUGCCUUACUGAAGAUAAGAAGUCAAAGAGUGAUAAUAAACGUUUGGUUGCCAAAGUCAAACAUCCAGAGUCUGGAAGAACGCUUGAAGUUUACUCCGAUCAGCCAGGCGUUCAAUUGUACACCAGCAACUUUAUUCCAGAUAUAAACGCUACUGGUAUCGCUGGCAAGGAAGGCCACACUUACUUCAAGCACGCAGCUUUCUGUCUUGAAACUCAGAACUAUCCGGAUGCUAUCAAUCAUGAAAACUUUCCGGACAGCAUUCUUCGACCUGGUGAUGUCUACAGUCACGUUGUUAUCUACAAAUUUAGUUAUGAGAAAUAAGAAAAAGAUUUAAUUACUUUUGCAUUUAUAAAUCAUUGAUUCAUAUUAUUGAUGAUGACAAAUAUUA